CCCAGGUAUUUUGUGCUCUGCUUAUUGAGGGGCGGGUUUCUUGGUGUUUAUUUUGAGGUACACUGCUCGCUCCACUGUGGAGUGGCCGCAUUUGCAAGACUGAGUUCAUCGCCCACUUCCAUGUGCUCUUCUUACAGGGUCCCCAUCUUGUAUGAUCAUGCAGCAGGCUCUAGAGCAAGCUUUGGAUCGUGCGGAGUAUGUCAUUGCAAGUGCCCAACAAAGACCUCCAAAAAGGAAAUACUCAUCGAGCGGAGAGGCGUCUCUCCAGGAAAAACUGUAUGACAUUUAUGUUGAAGAAUGUGAAAAACAGCCUGAGGUUACGGAGGAAUUAAGAAGCAACGUGAACCUGUUAGAGAAGCUUCUUAGGAGAGAGUCGUUGCCCUGUUUGGUGAUCAACCUGUACCCAGGAAAGCAGGGCUAUUCCCUGAUGCUCAAAGGGAAACAUGGAUCAUAUUCAGAGAGCAUUCCGCUGGCUUAUGAAGAAGGGGAACUGCUUGAAUACUUGGAUGCAGAAGAAUUACCUCCUGUAUUGGUGGAUCUCCUGGAAAAGUCUGCAGUUAACGUUUUUCAUCAGGGGUGUGUCAUAGCAGAGAUACGGGACUACAGGCAGUCCAGUGCCGGGGAACCUCCACGUUACCAAAGCAGGCAUAUUCUCUUACGUCCCACCAUGCAGACUUUAGUCUGUGAUGUAGAGGCCAUAUCCAGUGAUGACCAGAACUGGACCCAGGAGGAUAAACUUUUGCUUGAGAGCCAACUGAUCUUAGCUACAGCGGAACCACUGUGUCUAGACCCUUCUGUAUCAGUAGCCUGCAUUGCAAACAGACUGCUCUAUAACAAACAAAAGCUAAACACUCUUCCCAUGAAAAGGAGCCUCAAGAGGUUUUCGGCGCCUGCUUUGAAUCGGCAACAGAAGCUGUCCCAUUGUCCACCUCCUCCUGAGCUAAGAAUCCUGACUUCUUGCAAAAAAAUAAGAGAAAGUAAAACAAGUGAGCAUCAUGGCCUUAAGACUUUUAAAGCAGGCAAGUGUGUAGAUACGUGGAUACAGAGACCCUGUAACUUGGCUGUCCCUGCUCAAGUGGAUGUGCAGAAAUAUGCUACAGGGAAGAAGCCUGUCAGAUAUGAGGAGCCACAACCAACCCAGGAGGUACUAGGUGAUUCUGCAGUUGGAUGUGAGGCUGCCUACCAAUCCCAGGCAACAAGGUUAACCGUCAGGCAGCCAACUGAUAAUUCACUUGCCCCUGGAAAUGGGUCUGAGAACGAAGCCACAAGGGAGAGAGAGCCGUGUCUGCCCCAGCCCUCCACAGAUGACCAGUUCAAGAGUUUCCUGCCCAGGCCACAGACUGAUGCUGCGAGAGUGGUCAGUCGAUCUGAGCAACUGGUCCAGAAGAGCGCCCAGCGUCCAGUGCAGCUGUCACCCAGCUCCAGUGGCUCAGCCCAUCUCAGGCAGCCUUCUCCAGGGACACAGUCAGCACAGCCUAGGGCCACGUCCACCCAGUCCUCAGUGCCAGACUGGGGAGCCAGACCUCCACCCCCACUCAAGAGACGUCCCUGGAGCCUAGAGAAGAGCUCCGGCAGUGACAGCUUUACCUCACAGCAGGCGGGCAGCUCUCAGGCCCAUCCGUCUGCUGGCCCUGCUCCUCAGCCACCCAGUCUUUCCCAGAGAUCGUCUGUGCAGCUGAACAGAGGUAGCUCCCUUCCUGCGGCCGCCCCGUCCACCACAGGCACGUUACAAAGAACCCCGGACGUCCAGGUCACGACCAUCUCCCCUGGCCUGAAGGUCAUCAGACUAGUGGGCCCCUUUUGCUGUAGCCAGGCCUCAGGGAGAGGGUGUGCCCCUAGGGCCCCCGCUCCUGUGGGGAUCCAGCUGGGCCAGCGGCCCGCAGGAUCUCGGCUACCGAACCGGAGGUCCACGCCACCGCCGCUGCUUCCUCGUCCUCCUCCCCCUCCUCCCAGAACCAUUCAGGUGCUUUUGAAAAACACUUCAGACCUCAGGCCCUUUGCUCUGGUGGAGCUCCCCCGCAGUUCACUGGUCUGGAGCAGCCAGCAGCAAGCCCCGCAGCAGUGUGUCUACCAGCUGGUUCCCCAGCGGGCCCCGCAACGGCCUCAGCCGCCAGCGGCCCAGGCUUCAGGCAUGUGGCGUCCAGGGGCACAGACCCCACGAACACAAGCCUCAGGGCCACGGUGUCUGAGCGCAGAGACCCCAGGGCCACAGGGUCGAAGUCCACAGUGUCCGGGUUUACAGGCUCCAGGGGCACAGGGUGUUGCCCGGCCCAACACCACCAUCCACGCCCAGCCAGCAGUGGUGGUUCACCUCCGACGGCAGCAGGACUCCCUGCAGCCCCGGGUGCCCGGGUUGUCUCCACCAGGCUCUGUCCAGAGCCGCCCGGGGCUGAGCAUCUCGCAUCACAGGAUCCAGGCCUCACUGGCCCCGUGCCGGCCGAUUUACUGGAGGGUGGUGCGGUGCCCAGUGGCUGCAGCCCCCACAGCCCCCACCGUGCUGCCCCCUCGGGGCCCCAAUCCAGGCAGCCAGACGGCAGGGACCCCCGAGGGAGGCCCCCCAGCCACCCCCAAGCCCUGAGGCCUGCCUGGUUUUCUCUCUCUAAAAAAAUAAAAUCCAAGAGCAGCCACCAAAUGAAUCCUGAGUGCCAACCUCAUUUGGGUUUUUUUUAAAAUGUGUCACUAUUUUACAUUCUUGGAUGUGCAGACCUUCCACAGAGGCACAAUUUUUACAUACAAGCCCCGAAGGUCUUUAAUAAACUGGGAUUAUUUCACUUAAGCCAUGGCUUUGGUGGUGGUUGUGGACAGUUAUUUUUUUUGUGAUGUUCUCAAGUGUAUCCAGACACAAACUAGAGUCAGUUUAAACUCCUGAAGCCUUGUUAUUUCUCUCAGGCAAUAAAACUGUAAUACCAAGAAAGUAAAAAUUAGUAUUAACAAGAUGACUUUUAAAUUUUUAGAUGAGUUACUAACACAUGAACUCUGGCAUCUUCACCAUUUCACGUGUCCAGCUCACUGGUGUUUAGUAGACUCACCUUGUCGUACAACACAUCUCUAGGAUACUUUUGUGCUUGCGCAAGUGAAACUCUCUCCCCAUGGAGCACCAACUCCUCGGGUUCCGUCUCCCCCCGCCCCCGCCCCCGCCCCCGCCCUCUACUUUCUGGGUCUCUGAGUCUGGCUGUGGUAGAUUCUUCCUAGAAGUGGGGCCCUGCAGUUGUCAUCUUCGGUGAGGGGCUAAUUUCACUGAGCAUCCUGACCUCGAGGUCCAUCCCUGUUAGCAUGCCACAGGAGGGUCGUGGCUUUUUACAAAGGGUUUCACUGUACAUAAUCUACAGUGAAGUGGCCUAUGAAAUAUUAGAAACAUCCUUCAGAAGAGAAUGCACUUCCAUAUUUGUUAAGUUUUUGCACAGUGUACGAAAUGCAAUUUUUACACAUUUUGGAUGAGAAAAAGCUAAACAUACCAAAAAUUGAUCUUAUCACUUUAGAGACCCUGGACCCCUGCAGGUGUGCAGCAGGGGGUGGGGCACUUGCUUGCAUGGUUGUCCCCAGCCCAGGUGCUCCAGGCUGCAGCUUUGAAAAGGCACUUCUGGGAUGUGGUUGUCUCUCUAUAAAAUCAUUUACAUUUUUGAGAUCCCUGGGUUGUUUGCAGAAGGUAAAUAGCUAAAUGUUUGGAAAUGAGUCAAUUUGUUUGUUUUUUUAGGUGUUUUCAACCUUGUUACAUUCGAGGUGACGUCCCCCUGCCCCCUUCCCUUCUGUCUCUUGCUGAGUGAUCACCCAUGGAUCAGCCGCCCCUGCUUCCUCUUCUCUGUUUUUUUCCCUUCUUUCUUAUUUCAAUGGGGCUCAAAAGAUCCCUGAACUGUUCUGUUUACUUCAUCCCUUUCUUCCCCCGCUUUUUUUAUUGUGGUAAGUUUACGUAAGAAUCGCCUAUUUUAAAGUGUACAAUUCAGUGGCAUUUACUCCAUUUACAAUGUUAUGCACCCACAGCCUCUAUUUCCAAAACAUUGUCAUCUCCCAAGGCAAAUCUCUGCACCCAUUCAGCACUCUCUUCCCAGCUUCCUCUCCCCCAGCCCAGGAAACCACCGAUUUAAAUUCUGUCUCUAUGGACUUCCCCAUUCUCCAUUUUUCCUAAGAACGGAAUCAGAGACUAUCUGACCUUUGCUAUCUGGCCCCUUUCACUUGGCAUGAUGUUUUCGAGGUUCAUCCAUGUUGGCACAGGUCUCAGUACUUCCUUCCUUUUUAGGGUUGAAUUCCCUUUCCUUGUGUGUGAACACCAGAUUUUGUUUAUCCACUAUGUGUUGAUGUACAUUUGAGUUGUUCCCACCUUUUGCCAUUGUGAAUAGUAUGGCUCUGAACAUUUGUGUACAAGUAUCUGAAUGCCUCUUAUAUUUUGUUCUUAUAACUUUGAAGGAGAAUUUGCUUAUAAAAUUAUUUUUUCUAAGUAUACAUAUAUGCCUUUUGCCGUAACCAAGUAAAGGGAAGUUUGGUCUGGCAGUUUCAAAAGAGAUGAGCGAAGAGACAGAUAACAGGCGGGUCUUACUCGAUCGACCCAGCUGUACUAAUGCGCUACAGAUCCUGUUAAGGACAGAUUUGAUCAGCUUGAGGUCAACAACGCAGAGAGGCCAGCGGAGUGACCCUGAGUCCAUUGGAGCUUCAUGCAGCCCACCCUGGACAUCUUCGGGAAUGGUGCCUGCGCUUUUAAGGAGUGAAGCAGUGCAAUGGCCAAUUGCAAAGAAGAGUUUAUGCUCAGCUUGUGAGCCAACCAGACACCAGAACUCAGAAUUUGUGUACCUCCUUUGUUCUGUCCUCACUGAUCUUUUCAAGUGCAGAUGGUGACACCAGCUGAAGUCCUGCUCCCUUCCCAGACAAGCAAAUAAAUGCAGCUUUGU